UCUACUUAACUUUCCGCUCCAACUCUUUCCUCAGAUUACACGCUAACCUUGGCCCCUCCCUUCUGUUCUCAGAGUUUAAGUCCAACGGAUGAAGGAAAAGGAGCUGGUUGAAGAAAACUCUUUAAGAAAAGAAAAAGCAAAAAUAAGAGACUUAUCAGAAAGGUGAAGGCAAGCAACAGUAUCCAUGGUGUUGUGGCAACUGAGGUGCAGAGAAUGUGAGGAGAUCAGUUGAUGGGGAACUCUGGAGAAGGAAGUUAAUCUUCAGAGUAGUAGUGUUGUUAAACUCAAAAAAGUGUGCUACCAAAAGACACGUUUUCCUGAUUGAUUCAUUAUUUUAUUCAGUGAUAAAAUGAAAAUCACUAUCUUUAUUAAAGGAUCCACUGAAUCAUCAUAUUAAUCCAACUGUAUUGCAUUCUCAAAGUAAUCCUCCCAAUUUGAUCUACUGUCUUUACAAUGUCUGAAAUCAGAUUUAGCAAUCUCAUUUGGGAUCAAGUUAUAACACUGAAUCAAGUGUUAGAUGAAGUAAUUCCAAUUCACGGAAGGGGGAAUUUCCCCACACUGGAGGUAAAACCAAAAUAUAUCAUUCAAGUUGUGAAAAAUCAAUUGAUAAAGCAAGGGAUUAUUGUUAAAGAUACCCGACUGAAUGGAUCCACAGCAAGUUAUAUACUUGCAAGCCACAAUGGAAUCAGCUAUAAGGAUCUAGAUGUUAUUUUUGGUGUUGAACUACCAAGCGAUCAGGAAUUUCAGGUUGUUAAAGAUGCAGUUCUUGGCUGUCUGCUUGACUUUUUACCAAAAGGUGUAAAAAAGGAAAAGAUCACCCUAAAGACAAUGAAAGAGGCUUAUGUGCAAAAGAUGGUCAAAGUCUGCAAUAAGCAUGAUCGCUGGAGUCUCAUUUCUCUUUCAAACAACACUGGAAAGAAUGUAGAGCUAAAAUUUGUGAAUUCGCUCAGACGACAAUUUGAAUUUAGUGUUGAUUCCUUUCAAAUUGUUUUGGAUCCCAUGUUAGAAUUCUACAGUGACAAAAAUGCCAAACUAACCAAAGAAUCCUAUCCUGUUGUGGUAGCUGAAAGCAUGUAUGGAGACUUCCAAGAAGCAAUGACACAUUUGCAAUACAAGCUUAUAUCUACUAGAAAACCUGAGGAGAUUAGAGGUGGUGGCCUUCUAAAGUAUAGCAACUUGCUGGUUCGUGACUUUAAGCCAGCUUGUGAAGCAGAAAUCAAGACACUGGAACGUUAUAUGUGUUCUAGAUUCUUCAUUGAUUUUCCUGAUGUAGCAGAACAGCAAAAGAAGAUUGAAUCGUACCUCCGUAACCAUUUCAUAGGUGAAGAAAAGAGCAAAUAUGACUACCUUAUGACCUUGCGUGGAGUUGUAAAUGAAAGCACUGUUUGUCUCAUGGGUCAUGAAAGAAGGCAAACACUCAAUAUGAUCACCCUUAUGGCUCUAAAAGUACUUGGAGAACAGAAUAUACUACCCAAUACAGAUAAUGUAACUUGUUUUUAUCAGCCUGCUCCAUACUUAGCUGCUGAGGGAGGGUAUCCUACUUAUUAUGUAACUUCUGGACCACCACCUAUUUUCUUUCAGCCAUACCACCCACUGCACUUUCAUGUGCCAAAUGGUAUGGUUUAAAAACAAACACACAUACAACAGAAACUUCGCUUAAAUUAAACACCUCAUAAAGCAAGUUUCUAAAAUCCAUAAAAUUUAAGAUCUAUUUUUAUUUUUGUGCAGUUACCAUUUUCCAUCAAUUAUAGCUUAAAGCAUUAUAGUAAAUAGAAUAUCAUCUAUGAACUGGCCACUUUAAAUUAUUUUCAAGUGUUAUUGAUUAGCUAUUAUAACUUUCAAAUGUUGUGGAUCACUUAAAAUGAUUUUCAAAUCUCACUAAGUCUUAAGUAAGACUUUCAAAUUUGCUCUGACAAAUACAUUACAGAUGCCUGCAUCUCUGAUUAAAAUAUAAUAGAACAGACACAUGUAUUAAGGUCCAAAGAUACAGUAAAUACAAGUGCCACCACUUUGGUGUUCAAUCAAUCCCUUUGUUUCAUUCACUUCAUUUUUUUCUAGUGAAUAUAUUACCAUCAGUGAAUUUUCAGUACUUAACAAAAAUACCUAAUUUCAAAGGCAACAGAUGCAGAAGAGAUAAAACUCUGGACUUUACAAGCACUUAAUUUGCUUUCCAAUUAAAUUGGGUUAGAUACAAAAUCUUACUAUGGUUUGAAGGAACAUUGAAAAAACUGGUUCUGAAGAACACUGGACAUUAGUAAUUUGUCAACUGUCGAAUAAGUUAGUUAUUUUUUUGAUCUGAAGAAUAAUACCAUCCAGCUGUAAAACCAAUACUGCAGUCAGUUUUAUAGGUUUCUUCAUUCUUCCCACUAAAUAAGUUGAAAAGAAUGGAAAUGACCAACUCUGAAUGCAAAAAUUUUCUGUCAUCUGUUAGAGGGUCUAAAUGGCAAAUAGCAAAAAACAAAAAGAAACAAACAAAAAAACAAAGAAAGGUAUACAUG